GUGUUGGCGCUGACAUUUAAAAACAGAUGCAAAGCACACGUAGCCCUUGUUGCAUGAAAUCUGUCGUUUGUUAGUCGCAGUCUACCUGCAGGAAGAUGUGGCACGACGAAAGGAGCUGGCUAGUCGUGGUCUUCAUUCACUCUGCGUUAUCCUUGCCUCUUCAAGAAACCGUCGUCUACCCCGAGUUCGUUGAAAGCAGAAGCGUAGAUGGCGAGAAAAUGCUGAAAAUAACGGACGACCUCGUUCUCACACUGGAACACAAACCUGCCUUUGAGGAGCAGUUCAGCGUGACCACUUUCAACGAGGAUGGGACAGAAAUCAACUACAGAGAACGAGGAGACGACUACAACGGUGAAUUUUUCGUAGAUCGGGCACGACAAGCAUCUGUGAGAGUAUCACAGGAUAACGGACUGGAAGUCCACGGCAUCAUAGGCGAGGCUGUUCGCAUCGAGCCCAUAUUGGGGAUGGAAAGGUCGGAUAGAGGUCAAGUGGCGCAUCUGCUGACUCAUGAACAGUUAACAGACAUGCCACAUCGCCAUAACUACGCUGACUUGUCUUUGCUGAAGGCGAGCAUUGACGAACCAAGUAUCUCCGCCACAGAUAUCGAGAAAACAAGUAACGACAUAAUCAGCCCAGAAAUUCAUCUAGUCAUCGACUCAAUACUCUUUAGAGCUUUUCAUAACAGCUCGACGAAAUUAUUUCAGUAUUUUGGGGUCGUGCUCAACGCGGUCAACCUGAGGCUCGGCACCAUCACGCCACUUAAAGCGGAAGCGAAGAUCACGGGAUUCACUAUCCAUCCAAACGCAUCUAUGGAACCUUACUUCGACAUCAGAUUUUAUGACAACAAAUAUUACAUCUAUGACAUCGGAACGCUGGAGAGAUUAAACAACUACUACAGUAUAUUCAGGAAAGGUACUUACUAUAGUGCCGACAUCCUUUUCCUAAUCACUGGGCAAGACAUCGGUUUCCUUAAUGACACGGAGGGACUGCAACUUUUCAACAAAGGGCCUAAAGGACUCGCAUACAUCGGCGGUGCCUGUGGAGACAAGAGAGUUGGAGUCUGCGAAGACAGAGCAGGGUCGUUCGAUGUGGUUCGGACAUUAUCCCACGAAAUGGGACACAGCCUAGGAUGCACACACGAUGGAGCUGACUCUGACAAGAAUAUUACUGGCCACCCCGACGCGACAUCCUGCGACUGGGAUUCCGGUUUUCUUAUGAGCUACGUUCAAGAAAACCUCAACCAGUAUAAAUUCUCCAACUGCUGCGCGAACCAGAUGCUUUAUGUAUCGAGACUCGACCAAUACAAAUGCCUCAAAGACAGGAACAACAACAACACUCACUCAACAUCAUCAACAUCAACAACGCUCCCACCUCCCGAAAUGCUUCCAGGAAGUAACACCAGCCUUGACGAGCAAUGCCGCCAGGGAGUCUCGCAUGAAUACGAAUAUGACACGUACGAAUCCCUAAACGGUUGCUUGCUGUGGUGCGUCAAGCCGGCAUCUCAGGAUGGGAGUGACCCUUCCUAUCAACAAAUUCGCUCUCUAGAUGGUACGCCGUGCAAAACAAACACAUCUAUGGUGUGCAUAGGAGGACAAUGCGUCGAACGACAGAAUUAUACGUACAACCCGGAUGUGAUACCACCAUUCCGAUCAACAACAACAGCGCGACCGACGACAACUAUUGAGACAACUACUACAACCACCACAACGACAACUACAAAGAAGGGCUUUGUCGACAAAGCUAAAGAAUGGCUUAAGAGAACGUUUGGAAAAGGUGGCGAUAGCAACCAUUGACGCCAGAUCAGAAGAAAUUCUCUCUCAACCCAUGGUACUGGUGGAAUAGGUUUCAGAAGAGGGCAAAGGCUAAGCAGUACCACAUAACUUGAGUCAAAGAGCGUUUGCGUUGUUCACAAGAAAUGGAAAUAUAUAUUGUACGUCAAUUACGCAUGCAG